AUGUCGCAGUCCAUCUCUUUCCAAGGUCAGGCGGAUAGCGCCAACGGUCAUGCCGCCGCCGCCGCUGCUGCUGCUACCGCUGCUGCCAAGGGUGUAAUUGCACCACCUCAUCCUACGCCGGAGCAGAUUCAGGCGUCGGCGCGCAGAUACUUUCUCUUUGGCUACCCUAUCUCGCAUUCUGCCAGUCCUGCCUUCCAGAACUUGAUGCUCGAAUCGAUUGCUCCCAUCGCUUUCCCGGGUUCCGAGAAGCAGACCUAUCCGCCUACCUACUCGCUCAAGGACACCAAGACCGUAGACGAGCCGCAUUUUAGGGACAUUGUACGCAAUGAUCCUCUCUUUGCAGGUGCCGGUGUCACCAUGCCGCUCAAAGUCGCUGUGACAGCCACACUGGGCGAAAAGGGCGUGAUCGACGAGCUGAGCGAGGCGGGCAAAGCUACGCAGACGGUCAACACCAUCAUCUCGGUGCCCGACAAGGGCAAGAGAAAGAUGAUUGGCACCAACACCGACUACCUCGGAAUCGCACAUGCUGUGCUCCGAGCUAUGGCCGAAUGCAAUGCCGAAGACAGGGUGACCAAGUACCUCGAUCCUCAGUUGGCGUUCAAGGCGAGAUACGUGUUUCCCAGAAACCCGCAAGGCAAGCCGUACGCGGCGUUCAUCAUCGGCUCAGGUGGAACGUGCCGUUCGGCUGUUUAUGCCGUUAGCCAGCUAGGCCUUUCACCCAUCUACCUGCUCAACCGUGACGCCGAGGAGACGCAGGCUGUGUUGGAUCACUUUGGCGACUCGCUCGAUCUGCGCGCCUUGCGUUCCGUCGAGGCAUACGAAGCUGAAGCAGCCAAACGCGACUCGGGCGAGAUUGGACACGUCGCCUGUGCAGUGGGAGCGAUUCCAGCAUUUGCACCUCAGACCGACGACGAAAAGAUGGUCUACACGCUUGCGCAUCGAUUCUUUUCCGAGCCUUACCACGCAUUGACAGAGAGCCACGCACCGCUCGCUUCGAACGCGCAGCAAGAGACACUGGUCGCUCUGCCUCUGCCGUCCAAGCGGCCGUUCCUGGACAUGUGCUACAAACCACGCAUGACGCCGUUGCUCAUCACGGCUGAAGAAAAGGGCUGGUUGGCGAUUGGAGGUGUGGAAGCUAUGGUCGAACAAGGUCUCGCUCAGGCGAGAAUGUGGGCGGCUACGGCCAAAGCAUGGGAGCAGGCCAAGCACGAAUUCGAUCCCAUCCCAUACGCCGUCAAGGCCGGAGAUGAGGGUCCAGUCGGACUGUACAUUGAGGAGAAGGCGAGAGAGCUCGUCAAGGCUAUGAUGGAUAUCAAGUAG